GCGACAAGUAUUGAGAACUUACCAAUCUCCAGAUCGAUCGAUUAUGGAUGUAGAAGCAGUGCUCAAGGAUCAUCCUGGUCUGGGUCCAAAGACCGAUCUUUAUACACAAAACGAUGGUAGACAGCUUGUUUUACUGUGUAUAAGUGGAACAAUCCAAAUCAAUUUCUCUGGUUCGGUUUAUAAUAUUCCUAUUGCUUUGUGGUUGCCUUCAACGUAUCCUUCUCAACCUCCAUUUGCUCAUGUUUUACCUACACCUACUAUGGUAAUCAAGCCUUCAAAGCAUGUGGAUAUCAGUGGAAGAGUGUAUCAUCCUUUUUUAGCUUAUUGGCAUCUUCGUCCAGAUUCGACGUUGCAGCAGUUUUUAAAGGUUUUACAAGAGAUAUUUUCUGCGGAAUCUCCGGUUUAUGCCAAAUCUGCUGCUCCAUUUAAUUCUGCGCCAGCAACUCUCUACGGAUCUUCCAAUUCAACCACAUCGCCUUUAUCUGCUAAUCCACAAACUCCACCUCCAUUUCCUGCUCCUUGGCAGCCUGGUUCAGGUGCAUACCCACAAUGGCAACAGCAGUAUGGCCAGCCUGUUGGGCAGGGGAGUUUACCUGCCAAUCCCAAUAGUACGCAAAUGCACUCUUCUUUACCUGGCACACCUGUGAUACCACCAAAAAGACCUACAUCAAUGGUUCAACCGGGUGCGUUUGAUUAUGGAGAUUUACAACAUCCACAAACAACCUCACCGAUUCCGUCUCCAUCUAGAAUGCAAGGAACAGCCAGUCUUCCGCGUCCUAUUCCAUCCAAUCCCACUCAAUUAUCAUCCAAUUCACUAAACACCUCAACUCCACCCAACCGUCGUAUCUCCUCACCAUUAAUGUCAAAUAUGGCCAUCACUCAUCAGCCUCUCAAACCCAGCUUUACAGGUCACGCUAUUCCAGACGCAACCACUUUGGAAACCCAUACAAAACGUACGCAACUUCAAACCAAGCUAAAAGAAAAACUGGCAUACUUUGAUCAAACCAUGUCGGUUGAUAUUGAUCGUCUACUAAGUUUGAGCAAGACGCUGACCGAAGGGGAGAAACGUGUGAGUGAUCUGAUCAGGUAUCUGACCGACAUUGAAAGCAAAUUAAAAGUGAAUUGCCACACUUUUGAAACAGAGAUUCAGAAUGUUGAAAAAAAACUCGAUACACUUAAAUCUAUGCCAAGUGUAGAUAUUGAUACGUAUUUGAUAGGUGGAACCAAAUUAGAAAAUCAGGCUUUUGAACUCUCGGCAGAGAAUCAUGCCAUUGAUGAUGUGAUUUAUAAUCUAGCUAGAGGAUUUGGAGGAUCGAGUCGACAAAACGAUGUGACGCAAUACUUGAAACAUGUCAGAUCUCUUGCUCGAGAACAGUUUAUGAAGCGAGCGCUGUUGAAAAAAGUCAAGGUGCAGAUCGAAAAAUAUCGGACUCCAAGAUGAUACCAGUCAAUCCUUGAAGAAUUGAGUCAAUUACAUUUUAUUAUUACCGUG